AUGAUGCAGCAAAACUACAAUGAUUUAUUAAUUUGCCUGGGUUGUAAUAAACAAUACAAUCUAGAAGAUAGAUUGCCUUUGAGACUACCAUGUGAAGAUGAGAUCUGCAGUUAAUGCUAUAAAAAUCAGGUAGACUAAGUUCAAAAUCAACAAAUUCAAUGUCCAUCCGAUAGCACGCAUCUCUUUGGAAUCGAUGAGCCAGCUAAAGAAUCAAAGCUCAUGAUAAGAAUGCUUCAAAAACUGGUUUACGACCAGAUCAAUUGUAAAGAGCAUUAAGAAAAUCAGGUGCAGUUCUACUGUUAGAAUCAAAACACGAUUAUUUGCGCACUCUGCUUUGCCAUUGAAUCUCAUUAGAAAUGCUAUCAGGAAACUAUUGCACAUUUUGCUUUUGAAAGAAAAUUUUUAGUUGAGGCAUUUGAGAAAAUAACCCCAACACUAUAAGAAUAGAUUAACUAAAUUAAGAUUUUACUAGAAAGUAUCCAAACCUUCAUCAAUAAGAAAAGAAACUUUAAUGCUGAUGAAAUUGAACAAAUGAUUAUAAAGAUAUGUUCAAUACUUCAACUUUCUGCUUUUGAUGACUAGAUUAAGAAAAAUCUGAAACUAAGAGAGUCUUUUAGAAACAUAAGAACAACUGACAAUGAGGAGCAGAAAUAAGAUCUUGUUCUAACAUAAGAAGAAAUUACAAUAAAAGAACUUGGUAAAUAAGUCACGGAUCUGCAAAAUUAAUUGAGGGAAGUAUCAGAUCAAUUAGAAACUUAAUCUAAAUUACAUAAAGAGGAUAUAAAGUCAUUAAGAAAAGAAAAUAAAGAUAAAUUGGAUUCUUAAUAUAAUUAACAUUAAGCUGAGAUAAUAACUUAAUUUUAAGAAUGCUAGGCCAAAUUAGAAUCUCAGUCUAAGGAUUUCUAAAUAAAGUUAGAAAACUCAUAAAAGGAUAAUUAAGCUGAAUUAGAUAAGCUAUCAAAAGAUAAUUAAAAUAAAUAGGAAGUAUUAUCAAGGGAAUAUUAAGUCAAGUUUGACGAGUAAUCUAAAGAGACAUUAAAAUUUAAAACCUAUGCAAAAGAGUUGGAAGAAAAAAUGGAAUAAUUAAAAAAUGAAAUCGCGAAAGGAACUAGAGAUGGAUUUUAAGCAUUUGAUUUUCACAAACACUGUGAUAAUCAAGGACCUACCAUAUCCUUUAUAAAAAGUGAGCAUGGUUAAAUAUUCGGAGGCUAUACUUCUCUCUCUUGGACUUCUGCUAAUGGUUAAUAUUAUAAAGAUAAUAAUGCAUUUUUGUUUAAUUUGAAUAAGAACACUCUGCAUAAAUAAUAUCAAAACUUUGAUAAUGCAGUUAGACAUUAAAUAGAUUAUUAAAUGACAUUUGGUGGUGGCUUUGAUAUUAAUAUUUCAAAUAAUUGCAAUAAUAAUAAUUCUAGUUAUUGUCGGUUAGGAUACACAUAUAUGCCUCCAUAAGGUUUUAAGUAUGAUGAUUAAUAUGCUAAAGAUUAUUUAGCUGGAAGUUAUAAAUUCAAAGUAAUAGAAAUAGAAGUUUAUUCAGUUUUAGAAUGA